GCAAAGUAGCUCGAAGGUCACGUGUGCGUCUUGGUAACAACUGUCCCAAGAAAGGGAGUCAAGUGUGCCUUGGCAUCGACAUUUGAGAAACAGGAACCCCACUCAGAGGUGUUGGGCUGGCUGUGGGAGUGCCCACAGCCUCGCCAGGAGAACCGCGGUUUCCGGGUUGAAUCCCGCUGGCUUUGGGGUCCCCUGGAGAGGGAGGUGCACAGGCUUUCGUGCUCGCUGCGCCCUGGGCAGGCUUGGCUCUGUCCGCUUUGACCCUUGCUCGCGGUGUGACUGGGAGGGAUCCUGACGCUGGGACCACCGGCCGGCCUUGCAGUGUGGCUGUAAUGCUGGGGUGUAGCGGGUACGAGAGGGCCGGGCAGGGUGGGCCAAACACCUACAGAACACCCUACAUCCGCUGGUCAGCGUAGGGACCCAGCAUUAGGCAGCGUCCAGGUUCCAGGAGGGUCAGUGGGUGUGCUGGACAAGGAGCCUUUCAGACCUCCAGCCCAGAUGGGAGCUGCAUGCUUCCUCUACCCCAGUCCCAAGUCCUGCCGCACCUCCUUGAAGCGGGUCCUGCCCAGACUCUGGGUGGUCUCCAGUGGCAAGAGUGCCCAGGCUUCCCAAGUGGAGGCUCUGGGAAGGCCAGGGUUUGGGCCAUACCCUGCUACCUCCCGGCUGGUCGUUUCUUUCUGCAGCUCGCUGGUCUUUCCAGUUUGGAACUUAGCUUUCUGAGGCCGGCUGCACUGGUUGGAAGCUGAGGCUUUUUCUCCGAACACUGUCCAUGCUGGUCAGCCCUUGGCCAGCACUGGGAAGCCAGGCUGGGGUCUGGGAGGCAUUUUCUGGCUUCCCAGUUUUUAGAGGGGGAGCAGGGAGAGGACAGGUGUCUGUCUGCUCUGCAGCCACAACAAAACACCACAGAGUGUGUGGCUGAAGCCACAGGCUGUUUACUGGAGGCUGCCGAUCGAGGUGGGUAUGGAUUUGGUUCCUGGCUGUGGACAGUGCCUCCUCCCUGUGUCCUCACUGGUGUGGAGGGAGGUCUGGUGUCUCUGCUCCUAAGGCCCCCCAUGACCUCGUCUGAACUUGAUCCUUUCCCAAAGAUCCCACCUCCAAAUACCAUCACAUUGGGGGUUAGAGCUUCAACGUAUAGUUUUGGGGGACAUGAUGCAUCCCAACGUGGUAGCCAGAAGAGGGGGCAGCUGCCUGGCCUGGGCAAGCAGGAACCUUUGGCUGCCACUCACAUUGAACUGUAAGAUGUCCUCAAGUUAUGUCCUGAAAGAGUCACCGCAGAGCAUUCUCAGGUGCUGGGAACAUCAUGGGACACAAAUGAGCCUAACCUGUCACUCUGAUUUGUGUCCCAGGGCUGCAUGCCCCCCGUGAACCCCUAAUGCUGGUGAGCUGCUCAUGCCUCUGAACUGGGUGCUUUCUCUGGUGUCUUGGAUAAGACUGGUCCAUUCAGGGCUGUGGGGAGUUCCCAGAUCUGGAGCUUAUUUUCCUGGAAGCGCAUUUAUGAUUGUGUAGCAGUCAUCUGCGUGGAGAGCUGUAAUUUCCGAAGCCAGAUAAUGGUGUCCCUCUGCAGACCAGGAGACACCUGAGAGGACUCGCCUUUCCCUGGUUCUUGUGCCCUGAAGGUUUGGGUUCUGCCCCUGCCCUCCACUCCGAGGACAGGAAACCACGGUACAGCAGAGGGAAGCCUGCAGAGGUCUAGCAGUCAUGGACUAAAGAGGCAUCUGAGAGUGGCACACAGGUUGCCGCUGGGACAUGCCAGAGUGCGGCUGGGCAAGACAGCUCGGGGGCUGCUGUGACGGCCUUGGCCCCGAGACCAUGCAGCGCUAGGUGGCUGGUCUGAGAGCUGGCCAACCCCAUGGCUGUCCUCUGCAGCAGUUACUGGCAGCCAGCCUGAGUAACAGAUGGACUGUCCACAGGCAGUCUUGCUCAGGAGACCCGCCACUUGUGCCCAGCACCUGGCACAGGCCAUGCUCUGUGGACAGUCCUGCUCGGCAGCGACAGCUGGUUGGAGGAAGUGAGUGGCUGGGUCUGGCAGAAGUGUCCUCCCUUGAGCCAGGUUCCCUAGGCUCCCAGCAUCAGUGGCCACAGUGUGGUCAGGCCGUGGGCGGGAGCCAUGUGCCGGGCUUCCUGGAGCUGUGCUGGCUGGUGGGGACCUAUGUCAGCCUGGACUAAGGUGGGCCACCCUGAGGGUAUCAGCCAGGGUCUGCGGAGUGCUGCGGCCUGCAGUGGUGUGAUGAGCGAGGCCGAGCGUCAGGAAGCCGGAAGGACUCAGACGCUCCCGGGCAGCCAAGCAGGCUUCGCUCAGUGCCAGGAACACCGUCCAGCCAUGGAGGAGGAAGAGGAGCAGCCGUCUCGGGAGGCUGACGUCGAACCCGUCCUGACAUCAGGGGCUUCGGAGGUGGUGCCCAGGGUGCUUUCCGGAGAACCGCAGAGCCUGUCUGACAUGGACGCUUUCAACCUGCUCCUGGAGAUGAAGCUGACACGGCGGCAGGAAAGGCCCGACCUGCCGCGCACAGUGACCCAGCUGGUGGCCGAGGAUGGGAGCAGGGUGUACGUGGUGGGCACCGCCCACUUCAGCGAUGACAGCAAGAGAGAUGUCGUGAAGACCAUCCGGGAGGUGCAGCCCGACGUGGUGGUCGUGGAGCUCUGCCAGUACCGCGUGUCCAUGCUGAAGAUGGACGAGGCCGCCCUGCUGCGCGAGGCCAAGGAGCUCAGCUUGGAGAAGCUGCAGCAGGCUGUGAGGCAGAACGGGGUCAUGUCCGGGCUCAUGCAGAUGCUGCUGCUUAAGGUGUCCGCCCACAUCACCGAGCAGCUGGGCAUGGCCCCCGGCGGCGAGUUCAGAGAGGCCUUCAAGGAGGCCAGCAAGGUGCCUUUCUGCAAGUUCCACCUGGGCGACCGGCCCAUCCCCGUGACCUUCAAGAGGGCCAUUGCCGCACUGUCCUUCUGGCAGAAGGUCAAGCUGGCCUGGGGCCUGUGUUUCCUGUCCGACCCUAUCAGCAAGGAUGACGUGGAGCGGUGCAAACAGAAGGACCUGCUGGAACAGAUGAUGGCCGAGAUGAUUGGCGAGUUUCCAGACCUGCACCGCACCAUCGUCUCGGAGCGCGACAUCUACCUGACCUACGUGCUGAGGCAGGCCGCCCGGCGCCUCGAGCUGCCGCGCUCCUCUGACGCCGAGCCCAGGAAGUGCGUCCCGUCCGUGGUGGUGGGCGUCGUGGGCAUGGGCCACGUCCCCGGCAUUGAGAAGAACUGGACCACCGACCUCAACAUCCAGGAGAUCAUGACCUCAGCCCCCCACCCUGGCAGGAGGCAGGGGAGGAGGCGGAGGGAGCCUGGCAGCCUGAACAAAAGGUGCCCAGGACCAGCAGCUCAGAUCUGCCCAGGAAGACCAGAAGUAUGGCUGUCAGCCCUGUGCUGGGUCUUGCUGCUCUCCUCUGCCUCUCUGCACCCCCUGCCAGCUCCAUGGUGCAGCAUCGAAUGCGGGUCCCUGUGGUGCUGCUGGAACCCCAAGCAGGCCUUACUCUCCGUGAGGACCCACCUGGCUCCCUGCCCCAAACAGCCUGCCGGAGGGGCAGUGAGGACAAGGCCCCCUUCGAGUCCUGUGUCAGGAGGGGCCAGCCAAGCUUGGGGAAGCCUAGCCAGGCCCUCCAAGAGCAGCGGGUGAGGUCCUCGUUGGACCCAUGGGGAAGAGGUGGUGUCCAGGGGCAGUGGGAGACACCAAAGAAUUUAGGGGGGCAGCAAAUGAGUGAGUCCAAGGAACGGCCCCUUGAGAGAGGAGAAGCUGGUGUCCAGGUAAGGGGAUGGUGCUGCCUGUUUGUCAGGACCAAGGUUGUGAAUGGCCUGUGGGA